AUGUAUGUUCGACAGAUAAAAGGUAUCGACAGGAUUCCUCACUUGUUCUCUUCUCAGUAUAUGUAUCUAAUAAAACAGAGUAAGAGAGAAGUAGAAAGAGAAAGAAAUAACCGGCCCCCACGCAGGCUUCUUUACAUUCACAGACCAAGACUUGAUAUAGAGACCAAGACCUACAACGACGACCUCAACGUCUUUUACUCGUCGCCUCCGGUGACUGGGAUAUUAUCAGAGGAUAUAAAAGAUUUUGUUGGCGCCACUCUGGUAUUUUCAGUGAAUGACUGGACCAGGGGCAAUUGGAUUGAGAAAGCAGAUAGCAUAGGCUCGAGGGGAACCGCGUCAAGGAUCAAGCGCCUCAGGAGCAUCUUCUUCUUCUCCUUCUUUUCUUCUUAUUUUUACUCUUAUUAUUCUUUUCUCGUUCGUGCUUGGCCUAAUUGGCCCAGGAAUUUCGAGAGUUCUCAGUCAAUCUCUUUGCUUUUUCUCGCCUAG